AGUGCCGGCUUUCCAUUUUAUCUUCACAGACCACCGAACAUCAACAGACUACGGGCAGGUGACGCCAACAGAUCUUACUAAUCUUUACUGCUUGCUCCCGAGGUCGUCAAACGUCAUCUAUAUCAUGUUCACGAAACAGAGACCAAACCUGUUCCUAGCUUUUGACGCAUUUGGAACGUUAUUCGCACCAAAGGAGCCCAUUGCCAAGCAGUACAGCGAUAUCGCGCGUCGCCAUGGCCUGUCAGGCUUUAGUGACGAAGAGAUCAAGUCAUCAUUUCACACUGCAUUCAGACGAGAGUCUAAGCUUCAUCCAAACUAUGGAAGGGACUCUGGAUUGGGUGCGCAAGCUUGGUGGGAAAAUAUCAUCGAAAACACAUUCCGACCGUUCCUAAAAGAUGGGAGAAAUAUACCUUGGGCGGUCACCUCAGGUUUGCUUCAUCGAUUCGCGUCGUGUGAGGGUUAUACCGUGUUCCCCGAUGUGCUUCCUUUCUUCAGCAUGCUUCGAGGAGUCAAGGGAUCUCCGAGUCUAUCUUCAAAUUGGCCUUGGGAGCGAACUGUUGUGGGAAUCAUCACUAAUUCAGAUGAUCGUGUGCCUGGCAUCCUAAGGUCUUUCGGCCUUAAAGUGGCGUCCAGGAGGGUAGGCAUCACGUAUGAUCCAACCAUUAUUGCUACAGAGGACGAUGACAUCAGCUUUACUGUUCUAAGCUACGAUGUUGGAUUUGAAAAACCACAGCGCCCAAUAUUUGAUAUGGCCCUAAGGCUAUUGGAUGACCAGCUCGCGAAAGAGCCAUACAAUACGAGUGCUAGCAUAGACAGCUUCGAGAAGCUUUAUGUUGGUGACGAUCAUAAGAAAGACUAUAUCGGUGCUAUCGAAGCUGGCUGGAACGCGCUUUAUAUCGACAGGGCCGGUCAUCUAUCGCAAUAUCGUCCUAACAAAGAGGCUUUGGUAACAGUAGCGGAUUAUCAAGAUCCUGGAAUUGAUCUAAAAGUCAUCUGGGAUCUGAAGACACUUUCUGAAUGGACGCCCAAGGAGCUCUGAGAGCCCAGACGGCAUCAAGAUAGUGAUCUGAAAGUUCAUUACGUCUUUCCAGUGGAUGCGGCGUUCGACAAGGAACGUAUAGGAAG